GGGCAGCGGGUCAGUCUCCGCCGGGCGCUUCGAGGAUCAGCUGGCGGGCGGGCGGGUGCCGUACACGGCCCCGGCUCUCGCUGCAGCGCCGCCUCCUUUUCCCCCACGCAGGCAGGCCUGGCGGCCGUGACAAUGUUGCGGGGCUGGUAGCUGGGCGCCGGUCGUCGAGCCUUCUCAAGUUUAAACUUACACGAAUCGCUCUUUUGAGGAGGAGGGGACCACCGCGCAAUUGACGCGCAUAUUCCUAUAGGCAUCCUCCCUCAGCCCCCACCCCCACGGCCGGAUUCGGGUGGCUCCUCUCCGAACUGAAAUCCGAGAAGAAAUCCUUGGAUCUCUUGUUUUCUUAAAAAAAAAAAAAAAUCUAGAAACUGUCGGUAUUUUGCUUUACUGCUUCCUAUUCGCAAGAUGAAGAAGUUUUUUGACUCCCGGCGAGAGCAAGGCAGCUCUGGCCUGGGCUCCGGCUCCAGCGGAGGAGGGGGCAGCACCUCGGGCCUGGGCAGUGGUUACAUCGGAAGGGUCUUUGGCAUUGGGCGACAGCAGGUCACUGUGGACGAAGUGUUGGCAGAAGGUGGAUUUGCUAUCGUGUUUCUGGUGAGGACAAGCAAUGGAAUGAAAUGUGCCUUGAAACGCAUGUUUGUCAACAAUGAGCAUGAUCUCCAGGUGUGCAAGAGAGAAAUCCAGAUAAUGAGGGACUUGUCAGGACACAAGAACAUUGUGGGUUACAUUGAUUCUAGUAUCAACAAUGUGAGUAGUGGUGAUGUAUGGGAAGUGCUCAUUCUGAUGGACUUCUGUAGGGGGGGCCAGGUGGUCAACCUGAUGAACCAGCGCCUGCAAACGGGCUUUACAGAGAAUGAAGUGCUCCAGAUAUUUGUGACACCUGUGAAGCUGUUUGCCCGCCUCCAUCAGUGCAAAACUCCUAUUAUUCACCGUGACCUGAAGGUUGAAAAUAUCCUCUUGCAUGACCGAGGCCACUAUGUCUUGUGUGACUUUGGAAGCGCCACCAACAAAUUCCAGAAUCCACAAACUGAAGGAGUCAAUGCAGUAGAAGAUGAGAUUAAGAAGUACACAACGCUGUCCUAUCGGGCACCAGAAAUGGUCAACCUGUACAGUGGCAAAAUCAUCACUACGAAGGCAGACAUUUGGGCUCUUGGAUGUUUAUUGUAUAAAUUAUGCUAUUUCACUUUGCCAUUUGGGGAGAGUCAGGUGGCAAUUUGUGAUGGAAACUUCACAAUUCCUGAUAACUCUCGAUAUUCCCAAGACAUGCACUGCUUAAUUAGGUAUAUGUUGGAACCAGACCCCGACAAAAGGCCAGAUAUUUACCAGGUCUCCUACUUCUCAUUUAAACUACUCAAGAAAGAAUGCCCGAUUCCAAAUGUACAGAACUCUCCCAUUCCUGCAAAGCUUCCUGAACCAGUGAAAGCCAGUGAGGCAGCAGCAAAGAAGACCCAGCCGAAGGCCAGACUGACAGAUCCCAUUCCCACCACAGAGACCUCCAUUGCGCCCCGCCAAAGACCUAAAGCUGGGCAGACUCAGCCGAACCCAGGAAUCCUUCCCAUCCAGCCAGCACUGACACCUCGAAAGAGGGCCACAGUCCAGCCCCCACCUCAGGUUGCAGGAUCCAGCAAUCAGCCUGGUCUUUUAGCCAGUGUUUCCCAACCAAAAACCCAGCCCCCAUCUAGCCAACCUCUACCACAACCCCAGCCCAAGCAGCCACCAGCUCCGCCCACCUCACAGCAGACACCUUCCACUCCAGCCCAGGGUCUACCCACUCAGGCCCAGGCAACACCCCAGCACCAGCAGCAACUCUUCCUCAAGCAGCAGCAGCAGCAGCAGCAGCAACAGCCGCCACCACCACCAUCACAGCAGCCAGCAGGCACAUUUUACCAGCAGCAGCAGCAGCAGGCCCAGGCUCAACAGUUUCAGGCAGUACAUCCAACAACCCAGCAGCCAGCAGCUGCCCAGUUCCCUGUGGUGUCCCAAGGAAGCUCUCAACAGCAGCUGAUACAGAACUUCUACCAGCAGCAGCAGCAACAGCCACUGGUCACAACCCUGCAUCAGCAGCAGCUGCUGACUCAGCAGGCCGCCUUGCAGCAGAAGCCCGCAGUGGCAGCAGUACAGCAGCCCCAGGCACAGCCAGCCUCAGCCUCACAGCCGACCCCUGCCCAGGAGCCCGUGAUUCAAGCCUCAGUAAGACAACAGCCAACAGUUCAGACAACCCCACCUCCUGCCGUCCAAGGACAGAAACUUGGAUCUCUCACUCCUCCAUCGUCCCCCAAGACCCAGCGUGCUGGACACAGGCGGAUUCUCAGUGAUGUGACCCACAGUGCAGUCUUUGGGGUCCCUGCCAGCAAAUCAACCCAGCUGCUCCAGGCAGCUGCAGCUGAGGCCAGUCUCAAUAAGUCCAAGUCUGCAACCACCACUCCAUCAGGUUCUCCUCGGACCUCCCAGCAAAAUGUUUAUAAUCCUUCAGAAGGUUCUACGUGGAAUCCCUUUGAUGAUGACAAUUUCUCCAAACUCACAGCUGAAGAACUGCUAAACAAGGACUUUGCCAAACUUGGGGAAGGCAAACAUCCUGAGAAACUUGGAGGCUCAGCUGAGAGUUUGAUCCCAGGCUUUCAACCAACCCAAAGUGAUGCUUUUGCCGCUUCCUCAUUUUCUGCUGGAACCGCUGAAAAAAAGAAGGGUGGGCAGACUGUGGAUUCUAGCCUCCCACUUCUAAGUGUAUCUGAUCCUUUCAUUCCUCUUCAAGUACCUGAGGCACCAGAAAAGCUAAUUGAGGGACUCAAAUCUCCUGACACUUCUCUUCUGCUCCCUGACCUCUUGCCUAUGACAGAUCCUUUUGGUAGCACUUCCGAUGCUGCAAUUGAAAAAGCUGAUGUUGCUGUUGAGAGUCUCAUACCAGGACUGGAGCCCCCGGUGCCCCAGCGCCUCCCAUCUCAGACGGAAUCUGUAACCUCAAACUGCACAGAUUCUCUCACCGGGGAAGAUUCCCUGAUCGAUUGCUCUCUGCUUUCUAACCCUACUACUGACCUUCUGGAAGAGUUUGCCCCCAUAGCAAUCUCUGCUCCAACCCAUAAAGCAGCAGAAGAUAGUAAUCUCAUCUCAGGUUUUGAUGUCCCUGAGGGCUCGGACAAGGUGGCAGAAGAUGAGUUUGACCCUAUUCCUGUAUUGAUAACCAAAAACCCACAAGGUCUCCAGAGAGAGCCCAAUCCAUGUCCUGUAAUAACUGUAGAGCACUUUAAAGAAUCAACUGGUGUUAAAGGCCUUCCCCUGUAUCCAGACCCCUCCAGAGUACCUGACAUGAAAACUCAGAACAAUUUAGAAUCUGACUACUUGGCCAGAGAUGGCCCUUCAAGCAACAGCUCAUUCCACAGCAGUGAAGAAGAAGGGACUGACCUCGAGGGGGACAUGCUAGACUGCAGUGGGUCUCGACCUCUCCUCAUGGAAUCUGAAGAUGAGGACGAGAGCUGCAAGCCUCUGCAGGGGAAGCUGGGAGCAGCCGUUCCAUUUGCUCAGCCAGAAGCCUCUACUGAACAAGCAAAGGCAGUGCAAGAUGGAAGAAAGAACCAAUUUCAAGCCCUCAUACAACCAGCCACUGAUGGCGUUGGCGAGCCAGAUGUUUUUGCCACGGCCCCCUUCAGGAGCUCAAGGGUUUCGGCUGAUGAGAUGGACAUUUUCUCCAAAGCCCCAUUUGUCUCCAAGGGCAGUGUGGCUCCUUCCCAGCCAGAGGAGGCGGAUGUGUUCUUGAGAGCUCCUUUUACCAAAAAGAAAAGUGUGGAGGAGUUAACAGUCUCCCAGAGCACCUCCCAGGAGAUGCCUGUGCAGGCUGGUCUUCUCAGUCAGACAGAUGAUGUCGCUCUGCUCUCGGGCCUUGACAGAGCAGUGUAUGCCUCUGUCCGAUCUCAGUAUUCCAUGGCUGGUUUUGUCCCACAGUCCAGUCUCCCCUCCCAUCCUGUACAAGCAGCAGACCAUCUUGACAGCAUCUCACCCAGGGGAUCCGCCCUGGAAUCUGGGGGCCAUCCUAAUGACAGAAACAAAGGACUUCAGCCCCAGCAAGAAGCUAUUUCAGGCCCCAUGGCUGGCAAACCAUUCCGCCCCCAGUCUUUAUCCAAAUACUCCCGUCACUAUAGCCCAGAAGAUGAGCCAAGUCCUGAAGCCCAGCCCAUUGCUGCCUACAAAAUUGUUUCGCAAACCAACAAGCAGUCCAUAGCUGGCUCUGUUUCCAUCACAUCCCUUUCCUCCAGGACUACGGAGCUGCCAGCUGCCGAUCCUUUUGCUUUAGCACCAUUUCCUUCAAAAUCAGGCAAGCAGAAACCUUAAGAGCAAUACCUGAGCCUUAGGCCUCUCUCUCUACCCCACCCUGAAUAACCCACCACACCACUCCCAGCUGAGCCUUCCUAACAAGAAGUAUAUCAGUUACCAUCUUUCAGUUCCCUGGGUUAGAGCAGAAUGUUAGUCAACAGACUCAAGUGCAAAACCCCUUUGAGUGUGCUCAUUUCUUAUGUUUAUAUUGAUUUCUGGACUUUCAGGCAUUUCCAUGUUCACCUCUACCCAGAACGUGCCCCCCCAACCCCCACAGAAACUAUUUAAAUACAGAAACACUUCACAAACCCAACCCCAAAGGGGCCAUGUUACCACUAGUUCUAAUUCCUGCAAUCCUGUUGUGAGUCGUGUCCAUUGAGGAAUCAAGAUCAGUCCUGCCAGGACUUGAUUUAAUACUCUUAAAAAGGGGAUAUUUCUGGAAACAGAUGCAAGAUGAAAAUCCUGCGUUUCAAGAGGAAGUGUAAUCCUACAGAUAUAGUCAUUCCUGUAAAACCAGCAGCUCUAGGAUUCUCUGCAUCUGUCUCCGAGUCUGCUCCAGCCAGGCCAGCCCUCGUGCAUAUGUGCCUGUGGGUGUUCAAUGUGUGUCAGAUCUUUUCCUGUCUAGAAGUGCAAACAGACGAGGUAUCUGCACUCGUAUCUCAUGGUGUUGAGCCUUCCCUGCAUCCACGCAGCUUUGUAAAUUAGUGAGUGCGCAGGUUGGGUGUGUGCUCGCACACGUGCAUGUGCUCACGGGAAGCAUUUUUUCUUUAGGAUAAUCCUGUCCCUCCAGGCCUACGUCCACAAUCACUCAUUUGCUGGCAUUUGUCUUCUGCACUAACUCACUCCAACCCUUUUGUUACUUAGUUUUUUUCUCAUGCGAAAUUGAUUUCAUUGGCAGGUGUAGGAAAAUCCUGCUGAGGCAGGUGUCAGGGCAGGUUUCAGAGUAGAGUUCCUUUUCUCCCCAAUUUGCUCUUUGUGAUUAACAAAUUCCAUUUACCUGAUCAUGAAAAAUUAAUUAAUUGUCUACAUUUCCCCUCAGAACAAUAUAAAAGAGCACCUUGUUACAGUUUCAACCAGUGGGUAUAUGGUCUUAGUAAUUUUUAAAAGUACUUAAAAACCUGGGUCUGAGCAUUCCAUGUUGUCGUCAUGGAAUUAAUUAAUUAAUGAUGAGAAUAGGCUACAAACUAGAUUUGCUUAUUUGUUUGUUCCAAAUCCUUACCAUCUUUCUCUACUGCUUCUUGAGGAAAUACAAAUCUGAGACUGAAAAUAAGUUUGUAUGGGAGAAUGGAAAGGAGCUGCAUCUGUUAGCCAUGAAAACCUUUAUUCUCCCUCCUCCUUAGAUGUUGUUGAAGUCAGCCAGGUAGAUGACUGACUUGUGGUUUUGAAAUGUCUUCUCUUUCUGGAAAGGUCUGACUCAUUCCUAGCUGUUUUCCUACCCUUUAUUAUUAGUGCCUUAAAAUGAAAUUUACGUCUCAAUGGGAAGACUUCUGUUGAGGAAAUUCAGCUUAAUGGGAAGAGUUGCUACACCAUGUUUCAGUGUGAAAGCUUCUGUGACUUACAGUAAAUGUUAGGGAGUUUUUUCCCAUUAGCUGGAGAAAUCGAGGGAGUUGCUUACCAAACAAGAUGAAUGAUUUAAGAUUUCCUGGAAAUUCAGCCAAGAAUCAAGCCUGAAGGUCAAAUUCUGUUGCAGUUGAUGAGGUGUGAUAGUCUUAAAUUUAAAGUUCAUGGGUCUUGGCAGUAAACUAUAAAUAGCUGCUUUUUAAGACUUUCCCUGUGCUUGUCUCCAUCUAUUUCAAAUGUCCCGAUUAAAAGAUAAAUAAUGGUACUGAUUCAGGGCUGCCAGCUAUGGUUUUCCAUCUGAGGUUCCUUUGUGCCAGAAACGAAUGUCUUUCACUGUGUUAGAUGCUAAAUGUUCAUUCUAAGAGGUUUCUUUCUCCCAGUGAUCAUCUUUGACUUUUCUGUGUAAUAGUGGGUACAAAAUUAUCUUUCAAGUUGAGUGAAUAGUUUUAGCUAAUGCAUAUGGAAUUUUGCACCUCAAACCCUUCCCUUUGACAUUAUCAAUUAAAGCCUUCAAAGGCAGGAGCCAAGAGGAUAGAAAUACUCAGGAGAGUUUUCACUCCAAAUCAGAAACUUAAAAAGAAAAAGGUCCUAAUUCACUCUUCCAAGUAUUCAGGAUUACCUCUAUAAUAGCCCUGCAAAAUGUUUUUCCCUUGGUUAUUUGAUCACAUCCUCCUAAUCAAGUAGCCAUUUUAGUUCUCAAAGAUAAAAUCAAUAAAGUGAUGGUGAUUUUUGUUAUGUAGUUGAAUCGUUUGUCAAGCAUGGACUUGUAACCUGUUUGUAGUCUCAUAGAGACUGAUGAUGGUUGGAGACUCUAAAGACCUUCUUUGGUCAGGAAACAUAAACACAAAUUACUGUUGUAUUUUUAGUGAUACAUGAAAAUGUUUUGACUAUGGGAGGACAUUAAUUAUUAGCUAAUAACUAGUGAAUUCAGCAGUGAUCUUUGGGUCAUAUAGGGUAAAUGCACCAUUGAAAGAUAAAAUAUUCUUGCCAGAGGCCAGCCUGAAUGUGGAAAUCUGGAAAAUUUAUUUUUAAGGGAGUCAGGGGUGCUCAGGGAGCUUUGAAUUGAAUUAGUAGUGAAUGCAUGUUUCCAGCAACUACACUGCAAUAGGUUAACAUUAAAGAGAAAAAGGAAAUAUAUAGUCAACAAAAUACUGCACUUCUUGUUUUGGUUUAUUUCGUAUGUUAUGUGCUUUACACGUCUGAUAGGCAAUGCAGGUGCGUGUUACCGUCCACUUCAGUGGAGUGCAGUGAGCCAGAAUGUAUUUAGAAUAAAGCAUUGAAUCCCAACAUGCACUGAUGAACUCUUAAAUAAUUCACAUUAAUUGACUAACAGGCACUAUUGAAAUAAUGAAUUUUCUUACAUGUGGUGAAAAAUAUUUAGCAUUAUCUGUUCCUUGGGCUCACACACAGGCCUGAGCUCCAAAUCCUUGUUAGACUGGGAAAUGGAAUGAACAACAUUUAUUGCUAAAGCAGAUGCUUGGCAGGACCUAAGGGGAUCUAGGUCAUAAACUCUUUCAUUUUGGGCCCACUCGUUGAGUUUAAAUUUUCAUAUGUAUAGGCUAGUGAGUAUGUGUUUAUAUGCCCAUAUUCUGAGUGUAAUUUGGCAACCAAGAUAUUUGUUUCUAAACUUCAAGGAAAAAUACCAGUAUAAUAUAAUUUAAGUUUUAGAAUACAUGUAUAUGAAUGUUUUCAGCAUGUGUAUAUGAUGUUCAACAGACAUUUCACUGAUUUCAGUUUAUUUAAAAUAAGUGUAACUACCAGAGUGAUCUGACAAUAGAAACUCAAUCAUGCUGUAUUUGAUUCCAUAAAGAAAAAUCAUCAAAACCUAGAUUCUAUAAUAUGUAUGAAUUAUAUCAAAUAGGAAACUUUAUUAUAUAGGAAACUAAAGAAGGGUGAGAUCAAACUCUCUAACAGGAAGGAUACAAUUUAAAGUAGAGUCACUUAGGUCCCUUUAAUAAAUGUCAUUCUGUGUCUUUGGAUUGGAAUUGGAGAACAUAUGCCAGUCACUGUGGAAUGGCUGCUGUCUACACAGAUGCAGUUUUUGAAAAAAAAAAAAAAAAAACAAAACAAAACUGUGAAACGUUCUGAAAAAUUUGGAAUCCAGAUUACUUUGAUUUAAGGGCCAUAGGAGAGCCACUGAAAGGUCCACGGCUUCUAAGGAGUUAGGAGCACCUUGUAAAACCUCACAGCCACCGUCGAGUUCUGAUCCUCCAAUCCUGCCUGAUGGAGUAAACGUGAAGAUGUUAAAUGAAAUCAUGUAAUAUAAAAUCUUAGUUUUUUCGAUGCCUUUGUCAACUGCUACUUGUAGUUUAUUGGGGUUUUUUGUUUGUUUGUUUUUGUUCCUUUUUGUGUUUAAGGACACUUGCAAACUUGUGACUUACGAAGUUCACUUGAGGAAUUUCAAAAUGCUUGAAAAUAAAAAGUAGUGUCCGGUUGGGAAUUGUUUUUGUGUUCUUUUGCUACAAAAUAAGUUUGCUAGGUUGCUGAGAACAACAGGAUGGCUCAGCCUUGAUGUGGGAGUUUACACUGGCAGUGUCUUGAUUCCCAUCUGGCUCUCUGACUUCCUGGUCCUACCUGCCUCAUUUGCACCUUGACUUUUAUUAGGAAGCAGGCCUCCCACAUGCGAUACCCAAGAUCCCAUCAUUAAAACGCUGCCAGACAGCUCUUCCUUGCCCUUUCUUUAACACUGUGAGUCUUCCUGGCUCAUCGUCCUUAUUUCCAUUCCCACUUCAUCUCCUCACAGGGCAUCCCCCUGUUAUAGCCAUACCAAUAAGUAGGUAAGAGGUAUGACUGAAUGAUCAUGUUAGUUUUUAUUUGCCUCCCUUUUUACUAUAAACAGUUUCUUCUUAAAUUUCAGCCUAGCCUGUGAUAAUCUCACCACACUGGAAUAAUUCAGAAUAAGAAUGAAAUGGCUCACCUUCCCCAUUUCUUACGGACUAGAAGAAAAGAUGAAGAAAGGUUGACAGAGUCCCAUCCUUACUCUGGAAACACAGCUCAGAGUGCCCUAGAAUGCAGGGGCACAUUAUGUGUGAAGGGACUCUAGAAUAGCUUAUAAAAAUAGCUAAAUGUUAACCAACACACUGGUGGCUUAGUCCACUAUUCCCAUAACUUGUAAUUACAUAAGAAAUUUAGUCUUGAGGUAGUUCCCAGCAAUCUCAAUAUAUGUGACACUGUUGAGUUUAUAGUAACAAUGUUUUGUUCUUGAAAUCAAGUCAAUGUUAUUUGCAUUGCAUUGUAAUAGAACCAUAUAUGCACAUUAAAGGGAUCUGUUUGAUUCCUGUGGGCAAGGAAUUGUGGAAAUGGUAUUUACCAAUAUUAGUUAAAGUGAGACUUUGAGAGUGAAAGAUGAUGUAGCUUUUCACUUGAAAUGUCAAAUCAGUUGUAUUCUCUUGAGUCUACCAAAGACUCCUGUUUGGGGAGUGUGAAUGGAGUGUGUGUGUGCGCAUGCAUGCAUGUGUGUAUCCCAUGCUUUCUGCCGUGGUAUUAAGACCUCCUAAUAAAGGCAUCCAAAGAAUAGCAAGAGAUGACGGUCUGUAUUUGGCAUAAUUAAAUUUGGUUCCCUUUGCCAACAGCUCUCUGAGUUAAGAACUAAUGUUCUUCUAGAUAAAGGUGGGAAAAAUCAGCCAUUGCCUGAGCCUCAUUUCCACAGUAAACACGCUCUUCCCAUCCAUAAGAAUGAACUCAGUAGGGUUUGUACAAAUUCUUGGCUCAUGUGUAAUGUUGGAAGGGACACAGUGACCAGAACACCCAAGGCCUGCAAGGUGUUACUUUGAAACAGCCCCUCUUUCAGGUCCUUUUAGGGGCUAGAAACCAAAUACAGGCCAAGGACCAUGCUCAUUCCAUGCAGAAGAAGUGAAGUCCCUUAGCUGACUGUAUUUUGAGUUGACUGAAUGAGGAGGUCGACCCAGCUAUAAGGAAUAUUGAGGCCAUCAGUCCUCAGAAAACAAUACGUACAUGCAAUCUCAAUGGCUGGGAACAUGGGGAAGGAAGGGGAAAAGACCAUUAUAAAGUCAAUCUUAACAGUUUUUGCAAUACCUCUUAAUUGCAGACUAUUGGGAUUUAUGUUAUUGCACUCUUUGUGUGAUCUAUCUUAUGUAUCUGAUAGUUUUAUGAAUAAUUAUUUGAGUUGUAAACUCCCGUAUACUUUAUUAAAAUGAACAUAAUUAAA